UUGGGGGGGGAGAAUAGCAUAGUGUCGUUUUCAGAACAUAUACAUAUAUUUCUACAGACACGCUGCAGUAAAACGCGUAGGCCUAAUGACGGAAAGUGGAUAAAAACAAAUUGCCUGGUCAAAGUUGUUUCGGGAUUUUCCAACUGGACAGUUGACUUGGUCUCAAAUUGUAGUUUAAAAAGUACGAAAUUACCCAGUUGCCCUGUUCAUAUUUAUCAUGGAGGUCUCCACAAACGGGUCGAGUUUUGGUGUUGACUCUCUGCUGUCUCACAGACCAGCAAGCCCACACUUUUUGAAAGGAGACAGUUCGAUCGAAAAAUGCCGGUCUCCACUGGAGUUAAGUCCGAGGUCCGUCCUGGAAAGCGGCUGCUCAUCUCCCCUCUCCCCGCGACUGGAGUCUGUCGAAGAUGCAAUGCACAGACAUGAUUUUGCACUGGAGGCCUCGCUACAGCUUGGGCAACUGCCCCAGCCACGGACAGUCGCAUCAUCUUUUCUUAUUCGGGAUAUUCUUGCAGACUGUAACAAACCACUUGCAGCAUGUGCCCCUUACAAGAGUCAUGAACAUCCCAUGCCAGACUCCGAGCAUUUUGAGUCCAAAAUAGCGGACGACUUUAUGGAUAAAAUCCACAGCAACUCGUCCUCGGAAAAUGAAUACAAAGCGCGAGACCGUGACAUGGACAGCAGCAGAGACAGUCCGUCGUCUCGGCUGAAGAAGCCCCGGAAAGCUCGAACCGCUUUCAGUGAUCACCAGCUGGCCCAGCUUGAGCGCAGCUUCGAAAGGCAGAAAUAUCUGAGUGUGCAGGACAGAAUGGAGUUGGCAGCUUCGCUCAACCUCAGCGACACUCAGGUCAAAACUUGGUACCAGAACAGACGAACGAAAUGGAAGCGCCAGACCGCGGUUGGACUGGAAUUGUUGGCCGAAGCUGGCAACUACUCGACUCUUCAAAGAAUGUUUCCCUCGCCAUAUUUUUACUCACAAAGUCUGGUUUCGAACCUAGAUACCACAGCGGGCUUAUAUCUGUACAGAGGACCCUCGGCACCACCACCUAUCCAGCGUCCGCUGUUUCCACGAAUCCUCCUCCAUGGUCUUCAGGGAGGCGGGGAGUCGCUCUCCUCUCUAUCUGGGGUCCUCCCUCGACCUACACAUCGAUGAACGGACAUAGCUGUCAGCAGCCACGCAAGCUCCUCGCUGACAAACAAAUGGGACUGCACAUGAACAAAAUUACAUGACUUUGAAAGUCGAAACUUUUAUUUGGGUCGAUAUUUGUGAAAUGUAGUGAACAGUUUGGCUUUAGGGGAAAAAUGACAAAUAAACAUGUUUGUAGGCCAAUGUGUA